CGCCGCAUGUUGACGGGACGGACUGACACACGAGUGAGAGACUACGUCAAGGUCCCCCGCGUGAUCCGGACUCUUGACAAGUACAGCUUCACCUUCGGCGUCCUCGGCAUCACCCUCACCGAGUACGUUAUGCUGUGCCGGCCGGAAUCGUUCCGGUGGUACUACGCCAUGAUCAUGAGCCCCCUGCUCGUGAUGCGGUGGGUGAUGUACCGCCAGGUCAAGUGGCAGUACUUCCUCAUUGACUUCUGCUACUGGGUCAACGGCCUCUGCUUCCUCGUCAUCGCGGGGCCCUGGUCUCGCUCUCCCAUCCUCUGGCAGACGCUCUUCAUCAGCGCCAACGGGCCGCUGCUGAUCGCGAUCCUUGCCUGGAGGAACUCGUUCGUAUUUCACAGCGUCGACAAGGUGACGUCAGUGUACAUCCACCUGUUUCCCUCCCUCUUCACCUGGUGUGAGCGGUGGCACGGGGACGAGGCAGCGAAACAGCCGAUGACGCUGGAUGGCUGGCUGAUGUCCCCGCUCAAGUUUUACAUGCUGUGGCAGAUAUUUUAUCUGGUGCAGACUGAAGUGAUUGACCGCAAGAAACUAGACGACGAUCCCACGAUCAAGACGUCGCUGCGGUGGCUGGCACAGGACAAGAGGAGCGCUCCCAACAAGAUCGCACUGAAACUCUGCCGGUCGAUGAGGAUCAUGGACGACAAAGAGAGUUUCGAUCAUCACAACUUCAAGACCAAAGUUGUCUUUGUUGCCAUGCAGCUGCUCUACACCAUCUUGUGCUUCCUGCCUACAGGUCUCGUCUACCAGUCCUUCUUCCUGCACUCUGCCCUCAUCAUCUUCAUCUUUGCCGCGAGCGUUUGGAACGGAGCGAACUACUACAUCGACGUGUUCAGCAAGAGCUUCGAGAGCAAGUACGCG